AUGCAAGCUCUACUUGCACUGUUCCUGGCGAUAGACUUGUUGGUGUCAACAGUCGUGGUCAAGGCCGAACGCUGCACAGCUUUGGAAAUAAGCAGCGUGGUCAGACCUAUUGUCCUGGACCCUGACUUCGCAUCGUGUCAAGCCGACAGCAACUACACGCUCUCGUCGUUCGCGAGUCCGUCGGUCGCGCAGAUCCGCGACUUCUGCUCCAGCUCUGCUUGUCAAGGCAUGCUACGCGAGACGUUGAAGUCGAGUCAACUGCCGGACUGCGAAGUCAUUGUCGACGCCCAGGCGUUCAAUCUCGUGGAAGUUGCGGCCAUUGUCGCCGUCGCGUGUGGACCUGCUGCUGGCCAGGAACUGAAUGCCCUUGACGAACGGCUGGUGGCCGAACCCGACCGCGACAACUCAGUCCAACGCUUGUCCGACCGCGUCGCUGGUUUAGUAGGCCACUCGGCUCCGAUCGAAAAGAUCGGAAUGGUAUCGGCUUUGCUGUCGCUUCUUCGCGAGUAG